CAUUACUGAUGAGUUGGAACUGAUUUGGAUCAUUUCAUUGUUAAGAGAGCCCAGGUGGACCAUCAUUAAAGGACUUGAGCUUGUAGUGUGCAGGGAACUUUUCCCAACCAUUUUCUCCUGGAAAGCUCAUCAUGUCAUUAAAAUGUUGGGAUUGAGAAUUCCUUAUCCUUUAUUGAAAACAGAAUAGAUUUAGGCUUUUCCCCUGAUGGGCUAUUAGCGACAAAAGGCUGGGGAAAUACUGAGGACACUGAGUAUGGAAGAGAUGAAAAAGGAAUUGUUACUGUCUUUAAAUAGCUUGGGGCAGAAUUAGCACUAGUCUAUAGCUUUCACUUCUAUAUAAGAGUCCUGACAAAUGGGGCUGUUUAAAAAUGCAAUAGCUUGCCUGGAGAGUGUAUACUGUUCUAGAGUAUUCAAAUGUUGGUUCAAAUAAUAUGGGCAGGCAGAGAAGGGAUUCAUCCCUCUUCUUGUGGGAGCACGACUGGAGACGUUAGGGUUCCCUUUUGAAUCAAAGAUUCUGUAAUAACUAAAAAUAUUUGAGCUUAAAGUGUUGAGUGACCUGUCCAGAGAAUGAGAGGACCAUAACUACUAUUUCAAACCCGAGAAUUGAUGGUGUCCAUGACAUUUCACCAGUUUCUUCAAGACCUCCAGUGAUGAGGAAUUAAUUAGCAGCCGUAUUUCAUCAAGAACUCCAAUAAUUAGCUAGUUCAUCUUUAAAACGGUUUGAUUUGGAAUAGUCCCUGGGUACCAAGUAUCCAACGGAACUGACUCCCUUCUGGCCAAGCACAAAGCAAUGGCCAAAUGCUGAGGAAGCAUUCAUUCCACCCCCCUCCUUUAGCUGCGCUGUCAGUGCUGGAGACAAAUAUGGCCUCUGUGUUUCCCUUCAGGUUCACUUCUGCCACUGAUUUGCAGGAGGGAAAUAACCCCUCAAAGGGAAGCCCCUAAAGAAGCCUAGUUAGGACUGGACAGCUGCGAGGGGAGUUGGGGAGCCAGGGCCUCGGCCCGCCUCCGCAGCAAGCUGCGGCCGCCUCCCCGCCCCAAGCAGCCCGGCGGCAGUAGCCGCUUCCCUCGGGCCCCGCCCUAAACCUCCGGUAAUCCCUUUCCAAUCCUGAGCCCUCCUUUGUGCAGUGGGUGGGGGUCUCCGAGCUCAGGACGCACUCUGGGUGGAUGCCCCAGCACCUGAGGCUGGGAGAGCCGCCGCCCCGGCCCACGGCGCCUGCCCGCACUUUAUCGCUUCCCUCCAGGCGCCACCCAGCUGCUUAUCGCCGAGGUCUGCGACCCGGGAGAGGGAACCGCGCCGCUAGCGGAGCUCUGCUGACGCGGGGCCCAGGCUGCGGAACGCCUGGCACCGCCCCUUGCCGUAGGCCCAUCGCGGGGCGGCCCGGGCCGCGCAGGCGCACGGAGCAGCGAGGGAAGUUCGAAUGGCCGAGAUGGGACCGUGGACAGCGGACUGGACCAAGGAUAGCCCCGACUGCCGGGACUCGGCCCGGCUCGGGGGAGCGACAGGCGCGGCCGCCCUGGCUCUGGCGUGGAGGCUCCGAGAAGCGCUGAACGCCGGGCAGGCUCGGGAAGUGGAAUCGCUGCUGAUGCUCGGGGCCGACCCCAACCUGGUGUUGCCGGACGGCGUGGCCGCAGUCCAUCUGGCGGCGGGGAGCGAGCAGGAGAGCGGCCUGCAGUGCCUCGCUGUGUUGCUGCGGCACGGAGCGGACCCCAAUGCCCGGUCCGAGGAUGCUCUGACCCCUGUGCAUGUGGCUGCCUCCUGGGGUUGUUACAAGUGCCUGAAACUCCUUCUGAGGGAAGGAGGUGACCCUGAGCUUCAGGACCAGGAUGGGAAAAGAGCGCUGGACCUGGCUGUGGAGCAGGAGAACAAGGCGUGUGUGGAAAUCCUGAGGGAGCGGGCUGCCUCCCAAGGGCUGCUCCCCUGUCCAGCCCUUUGCAGAGAGCAGGAUCAAAGCCCCAGCUUCUCGGCCCUCAAUGGAGACGACCUGGACACCAGCAUCUGGGGACUUUCAGAUAUGACUGUUAGCCCGUGGCCUCUGGGCAGCCCAGUCAGAACCCAGCUGGAUGGUCCUGAGGUGGGGGGUGAAGCUUUGGGGGCUGAGCACACCCUCCCAAGCCAGGCUCUCCCAGCCCAUCCUCAGCCCACAAAGGGAAAAGGGCUUGGGGUGGAUAAACUCUCUGGAUCUGACUUCAGCUUCCCUGCCCCCCUCUUUCCCCAGCCCACUUCCUCACCUUCCGCAGCUCCUACACUGGGCUCUCUGCCCCACUUGGGCCUGGAGGACAAACCUCCGGACCACAGCCGCCUCUCUCACCCAGACCCAGACCUGUCCUAUGAAGAUCUAGAUGAGACCCUGUCUAGCUCCCUCCCUACUGCUAGGGACACUUCCUCUACUGACUCCUUUCUCACUGCUGUGGAAGCCUUUGAGCCUGAUGGCCACGGACCCGAGGCUGUCCCAUCCACCCCCUCCGUCCCGGGUACCAAUGUGGCUGCGCCGUCUCUGCUCAGGGAGAGUAGGAGUGGGUCCCAGCCGGGCAGCACUGCAGGGACCAGCCCCACCCAAAGAGAGCCCUUGGACAUGUGUGCCCCGGAUAGCAGGGCUCCCCAGACAUCAGGGCCCCCCAGGAAGGAGCUGCUUUAUACAGCCCUGAGGGCUGAGCUCAGGGCCAUGAUCCUGAGUGCCGAGCACUCCCAGCCCGCUAUAGAGGAAUUGGGCAUGCUGCCAGGCAGGGUGGACCCUGUGAGCCAGCUAAGUGCCCAACUGAGGGGGCUGGUUCUGGGUUCUCCCCCAGAGUCCCAAGAGUUGGUUACUACUAGGACAUCCUGUGAGCUGCAGGGCUUGGUCUCCCACAGUGGCGAAGGCUACAGGUCCUUUUCUGACCAGAGAGUGGAACAGGGCCCACCCCUGAAAGUGCUGCCAGGAAGGGGUGGCCCAAGCUCCCUGGACAAUGAGACUCCCGGGCAAAGAAAGCCCCCAACUCUGGGCAGGUUAGAAGAGGGCGGAGUGAGUCCCCUCCCUCCCCAGACUGGCCACUCAGUAGCAUUCGCUGAAGACGACCUAUUUAAUGAGUUCCUGACCGAUGACAAGACUUCCCAGAGCAGUGAGGAUAUGGAUGGGGCCAGUGUGUGGCUGACAGAGGAUGGGGAAGAUGAAGAUGACCACAUCCCCCAAAGCCACAGGACCAGCUCCUGCCAGAAUCGCAUCGGGAAGUCUCCAGAGGCACCUAGUCCAACCCUGCAUCCUCGACCAUUCCCUGUGGGACGCUCCCCGCAGCCUUCUGGACCAGAGCCUCUGAGUGCUGAUCCCAAACCCGGGCCCAGCUUCCCAGACCAGCAUCUACCACGUGCUGAGGACACAGUCGCGGAUAGGGAAUGUGGCUGUCAUCCAGCCCUACCCUUCCCAGCACGAGGCCCUUCCACCCUGCCCAACCAGGAGCAGUCAUGUCAGUGGCAGGCCCUUGGGGAGAGCCCAGGCUCGGGUCCCGCCUUCCCCAGACAAUACUACCUCAAGCAACUGAAGGAGGGGAGCCCUGGGGGGCCAGCUGCAAGGUACAGCCGUGAGCUGACUCUGGCCCUGCAGACAGGCUGUGUGCCUAAUGCCCAGGAUGAUGAGGAUGUCCUGGCUCAGCAGUUCGACCAGCCAGACCCAACCCAGAGGUGGCGUGAGGGGACUGUGAAGUCAAGUUUCACCUACCUGCUGCUGGACCCCAGGGUGACCCAGAAUCUACCCUCCCAUUGUCACAUCCUGAGCCCCGCUGAAUGCUUCCAGACCUUUAUACAAGCCAUCUUCUACGUGGGUAAAGGCACUCGGACGCGGCCAUACUCCCACCUGUCCGAGGCCCUGCGUCAUCGCCGGGACCGGCAGAAGCAGACUUGCCCCAAGGUGGCGCGCAUCCUGGACAUUUGGGCAAGUGGCCACGGGGUGGUCUCCCUGCACUGCUUCCAGAAUGUCGUGGCGGUGGAAGCCUAUACACGGGAGGCGUGUCUGGUGGAUGCCCUUGGGACACAGGUGCUCUCUAAUCAGAAGAAGGGCCACUACUAUGGGGUGGUGGCAAGUUGGCCGGCUCCACGGCGCAGAUGGCUGGGCGUGCACCUGCUGCACCGCGCGUUGGCCAUCUUCCUAGCGGAGGGGGAGAGGCAGCUCCGGCCCCCAGACAUCCAGGCUGGCACCUGAGAAGGAUCAACCGUGGGCUGCUGAAACUGGGCCGUGAAUGGCUCUGUCUUCCCCCAGCACCCAGGUCAGACCCCAAUUGGGCAUGCCCGGAUCGGACCUCGAGUGGGCAGACCCUGAGUGACCCUCAGACAAGGAGACGGGUCUGCCGGGGACCCCAAUGGCUUGAGCUCCUCUCCAGUGUUCACUGAGAUGGUCCCCAGCCCUGUGUGGCCACAUGGGUUCUGUGUUAUGACUGUUGGAAGCUGCCCGGCAUGGCUCUGCUCGGCCCUGUCUACAGCUGGGGGUCAGUGCUGACGAAUUCAACGGCCCCAUUUCUAGGCCUUCAGCUGCGGUGGGUGCAGCCGGUGACGUCCUUGGCUGAGGGUCCCAUUUCUUUCUCUGUGGGACGGCUACCCCUAUAAUCGGUGGGGUCAAAGGCUCUCUCCCAGGAAAAUGGCGUGCUGGCUAGCUUCCUGCCCAGUUCCUGGCUCUGGGGAUACAGGCCCCAGUACUUCCAGCUGUUAGUGGCCAAAGGGUUUUCAACAAAGCCUCGUGACAUGGAUGAUGGAGGCCUUAGCCAUAGAUUCCUAGCAUACCAACCAUGGGAGGGACCCCACAUUCUCUCCACCUGCUUCCUCUUAUAGGUCCGAAAACAGGCCUACAGGGAGGAAGGGACUCACCUAAUGUCAUCCUGCUUAUAAAUCAAAUACCAGGGCUGUGACUGGCACCCAGAGAACCUGCUUCCAAGCCCCAGGCUCUUUAGGCCAGGCUAUGAGCCUGCAAGAGGACCCCAUUUACAGAAGCUAGUUUUUUUUCCCCUUGAUUUUAGCCACAAAGAACCUUUUUGUCUCAGAGGUAUUUGCCCAAGGUCACACAGCUAGUCCCACUUCUGGAGCUUCGAAGCCUUGCUAUUCUUCCCAAAGCCUAGUGAAUGAGCAGGCUGACAAAUGACCAUUCUGACUCAGUGGGUGAUAGAAAAGUUAGGUGUUGGAAUCUUUACAAAGUGUUAAGCCAUUGGAGUUGAUUUGAUCUUAGAAAGAGAUAUUUUGGGCCAGAACUUGAAACAAGGUACUAAGUGGAA